AUGGGGUUCGUAUGCCAAGGCAAGCCACUCCUCGAGUCUCACCCCUUCUUCACGCGACCGGAAACCGAUAGCGAGAGACAGAGACCUGUGCAUGUUGGAAGAUCGGCGUCUGCAGGGAAUAACGAGGACGAGGAUGAUAUUGAGCAAGAUUUCUGCGACGAUACUUACGGUGGUGAGGUUGGUAUUGAUGAGAAGGAUGCUUUCGACGAUGCCCAGUUGAAGGAUGAUGAAAGUGAUAAUGAUACUGAGAGCGAUUACUGA